AUGUUUAAAUCUUCAUUAAAUCGAUCAAUUAGAUGUAGAAGCCUACAUACUAAGAUAGUAGAUGGAUUUCUUGGAGCUAUUGGAAAUACGCCAUUAGUAAAAACUGGAUCAGAAAUUUUGGCCAAAGCAGAAUUUAUGAAUCCUGGCGGAUCGGUUAAAGAUAGAGCUGCUUUAUAUGUUGUUAAAGAGGCAGAAGAAAAAGGUUUAUUGAAGCCUGGUGGUACAGUGGUCGAAGGGACAGCUGGUAAUACUGGCAUUGGACUUGCACACGUUUGUAGAUCAAAAGGUUACAAAUGUGUGAUUUAUAUGCCAAACACACAAAGUCAAGAAAAGAUUGAUUUGUUAAGAAUGUUGGGCGCUGAAGUUUAUCCAGUACCAGCUGUAGCAUAUGACAACCCUGAUAAUUAUAAUCAUCAAGCAAAACGACAUGCAGAAAAGAUACCGAAUGCUGCAUGGACCAAUCAAUUUGACAAUAUAGCAAAUCGGAAAGCACACAUUGAGACAACCGGGCCAGAGAUAUGGCAACAGACAGAGGGAGAAGGUAAAAAAUUGGAUGGAUUUGUGUGUUCGACUGGUACAGGUGGUACGCUGGCAGGUAUCGCUAGUUAUUUGAAAUCAAAAAACCCCUCAAUAAAAAUAUUUUUGGCCGAUCCACCUGGGUCAAUAUUAUAUAAUUAUUUUAAAAGUGGUGGGAAACUUCUUGGCGAGAGAAGUGGCAGUUCAAUAACUGAAGGGAUUGGACAGGGGCGUAUAACUGAAAAUUUGAAACAAGACGUUCAUCUGAUUGAUGACGCAUUGUUCAUACCUGAUGAAAAAUCUAUUGAGAUGGUUUAUCGAUUGUUGGAUGAGGAGGGGUUAUACAUGGGUGCCUCAACUGCAUUAAAUGUUGUUUCCGCAGUAAAAGAAUUGUUACCAUAUUAUGUGAUGGUGCAUACAGAUAUCAAACAAGAUUAUUCAGUAGGAAAUGGCUAG